GGAAAAGUCAUUUAUGUGCAAGGAAUGUGGAAAAGCAUUUACCCAGAAAACAAAUCUUAAAACUCAUAUGAGAAUCCAUACUGGAGAAAAGUCAUUUAUGUGCAAGGAAUGUGGAAAAGCAUUUACCCAGAAAUCAAAUCUUACAGCUCAUAUGAGAAUCCAUACUGGAGAAAAGUCAUUCAUGUGCAAGGAAUGUGGAAAAGCAUUUACCCAGAAAUCACAUCUUACAGGUCAUAUGAGAAUCCAUACUGGAGAAAAGUCAUUCAUGUGUAAAGAAUGUCGAAAAGCAUUUUCCGAGAAAUCGUAUCUUACAUUUCAUAUGAGAAGCCACACUGGCGAGAAGCCAUUUAUGUGCAAGGAAUGCGGGAAAGCAUUUCUCAGUAAACAUCAUCUUACAGCUCAUUUCAGAAAACAUACUGGAGAAAAGCCAUUUACGUGCAGGGAAUGUGGGAAAGCAUUUUCCUGUAAACCAAAUCUUAUAGUUCAUUUGAGAAAACAUACUGGAGAAAAGCCAUUUACGUGCAAAGAAUGUGGGGAAGCAUUUUCCAGUAAACCAAGUCUUAUAGUUCAUUUGAGAAAACAUACUGGAGAAAAGCCAUAUAUGUGCAAGGAAUGUGGGAAAGCAUUUUCCCGUAAAUCAGGACUUACACUUCAUAUGAGAAUCCAUACUGGAGAAAGGCCAUUCAAGUGCAAGGAAUGCGGGAAAGCAUUUUCCUAUAAACCAAGUCUUAUAGUUCAUUUGAGAAAACAUACUGGAGAAAGGCCAUACAGGUGCAAGGAGUGUGGCAAAGCAUAUUCCACUAGACCAGGACUUACAGCUCAUAUGAGAUCCCAUACUGGGGAAAAGAACAAAAUUGAUGCACAAGCGACAAACUUGGCACUAAAGAUCAACUGCUAAUAAACAAAACAAUAUUAGAAGAUUGUAAGAAAGACAGAGGAACCUUAAUGUGGCAUUUGACAGCGUGCCGCACACCUGGAUACUCAAAUGUUUGGAACUAUAUAACAUCAAUGAGAAAAUAAGACCUUUCCUGGCAGCCUGAAUGGUUAAGUGGAAGAUCCAAAGAGGAAUUUUCCAGGGAGACAGCUUCUCACCACUUCUCUUCUGCUUGACCAUAAAUCUGCUUAAUAAAAUUUUAAACAAUGUUAACACUGGCUGUGACCUAAGCAGAAGCAGAAAAGAGAAUAAAAGAGUGGACCACCUGGUCUUCAUGGAUGACCUGAAGUUGUAUACAGAUUCAGAAGAAAAACUGGAAGAAUUAGUUAGGACAUUUCACCAAUUCUCAAAUGAUAUCUGCAUGGAAUCUGGGUUGGACAAGUGUGCUAAGAGUACAAUAAACAAAGGGAAGGAAGUAACAUCAGGAAGCAUAAGGGUAGAAGAAAGCAUGUUAGUUGAAGACCUGGCAGAGGAGUCUGCAUAUAAGUACUUGGGAAUAGAAGAAAACACUGGUAUAGAACACAAGAAAAUGAGAGACAAGAUAAAGAAAGAAUACAUCAGCUGCUUAAAGAUCUUUAAGUCAGAAUUAACACCAAAGAACAAGAUCACUGCCAUAAACUAGCUGGUGAUACCAGUGGUGACUUAUGGUUUUAGUAUUGCAGACUGGCCACAAGGUGAGUUAGACAGAUGGAUAUUAAAACCAGUAAGAUUCUCAACCUACAUAAAGUCACAUACAGACACCAAUGUAUGGACAGAGAGAGUAUACCUCCCUCGCAGAGAAGGUGGAUUAGGCCGGACUGAGAUCAACCAGGCCUACAGAGCAGCAAUAGUAAGUAUAGGGCAGCACUUGAAAAGCUCUGAGGACAAAAACAUCAAAAAGGUUACCCAACACCAUAAUGAAGCCCUGAGCCUACUAACAUCAAUAACAAAACAGGGUAAGAACUUCGCUAGAAGACAGCAGACUCCAGCAAUAAUGAUAUCCAGGAAGACCAGGCAGAAAUACAGUCAGAGAGAGGAGAGAUUGAAUGGAAAGGUGGGGAAAGACCAAGGAAGAGUAGGAAGAUUUCAAGAACUGGAAAAAGUUUCAUAGACAAUGAAGAGUCACUGAGACAGAUAAGAAAUGGAGAUCUAGGUUAUGAUGGAGAAAGACUGAUAAUAGGAGCACAAGAUCAAGGCUUCCUAACAGACAGCUUCAAGAAAAUGGAGGCAUAUCAGGAAAUGAUCCAUGUAGGUUUUUUCAUGCAGUGAUUGAGUGUUAGUCAUCUGCUUGCAGAUGGUCACUACACAGCCCACCACAACAAAAUAUGUAAAGUAUACAGAAUUGAAGUGAAAGGAAAAGUGUGGGAGCAUGAACCAGAUCCAAUCACCUCCGAUGGGGCCAUUACCAUCUUUUAUGACAAGGAAAUUCCAACAGGAAGAUAAAGAGAAGGAGGUGCUAUGAGCCCUGAUAUUGUGAUCUGGAACAAGGAGGAAAAAACAGCAUAGAUUAUAAAUGUGACAGUACCAAGUGACUUUGACCUCAAUAGAGCUGAAAGGCAUAAAAUAACAAAAUACCAAGACCUAAAGAACGACCUGAAAAGCACAAAGGAAACAGAAAUAACACCAGUGGUGGUAGGGGCAGUAGGACAUAAAGAAAAACCUGAGAAAAUAUCUUAGGCAAUACCAAGUUGCCAAGGAUAAAUGAGCUGUAGAUUUUUGCCCUCAAAGGAACUGUGAACAUCUUGAAAAGAGCCCUCGGACAUAAGACCAGUGGAAUAUAGAGGUGCAACCAUGGACCCCAGGCUGGAGCCCAUUGCACCCCUGAUAUAAACUGAAAAUUAAGAAAAUCAUAAGCCAGAGAGAAACCAUUCAAUUGCUUUGGAUGUCAAAGAAGUUUUUCUUUUCAAAGUUAUCUAAACAACACAUGAGAACUCAUACAGGAGAGAAACCAUAUACUUGCUCUAUAUGUCAAAGAAGUUUUUCUCUUCAAGUUCAUCUCAAAAGACACGAGAAUUCACUCUAGACAGAAACUGAAUACUUGAUCUCUGUCCAAGUAGUUUUUAUUGCAUGCUUUUAUUUACCUCAAAAUGUACUUGUCUCUCCUCAGGUCUUGUAACUCAAUUUUCGACCUGUUCCUUUCGUCCAAUGAACUUGAAAUUUUGCUUGGUUACUCAAGCCCAGUGACAAUACAACCUUACUUAAUCAGUAGGUCCCCCUUCUCUCUUCCAUCCCCCUCCCAUGUCCCCUUCCCUUCCCUUCCCCCUCCCUAUUACCCUCCCCCUUCAGAGUACAUAAUCAGGUGUGAAUUUAAAAUGUUGCACAGGGCUAGGUUAAGACAUUUUCCUGUGUCUUCUUCACUUUUCUUGUUCUUGUGUACUUUCUGUAUGAUUUCCAAAUGAAGAAUUUGCUUUGUCAUUGGCAGACAUGAAUUUUUCUUAAUCUUGUUAUUCAACAGUGUGCAUAUGCACUUGCAUAUGUACAGGCAGUCACCAGUUUACGAUGGGGUUCCGUUCCUACACCACGUCCUAAGCCGAAAAAUUUUCAGAAAUCCCCAGAAAACAGUACUUUUAACCUCUUCUUUACUGUGAAGCUUAACAAAACAUUUUUUUCGGUAAUGGAAUAAAUAUAGUAUAAAGUUAAUGGGUCACACUUUACUUGGCUAGUAUAAUCAUUCUUCUUUAAUUGUGAACACUUUACUUAAGUAUCUUUAGAAAAAAAAAAGACAGAAGAGAAGUACUGAAAAACAAAAUUGCAAAUGGUUUUAUACUUUUGUAGAUUUUUUACAUUUUCAGCUUGUAUAUCUAAAGAAAAACCAACAUGGUUCUUGGUUAAUUUUUUUAUUUCUUAUCAUCAUUGUAAUAAACAACAGUGUCAGAUCCUUAAUAUACAUAUUCCAUGAUUAGCGCCCAGAAGCACAAAGCGAAAUGAUGUACUUUAGCUUCCAUUUUACUUGACUCGCCAGUCGCCAAAUUUUUUACCACGAGUAGGUGUUGCCAUGUAACUCUUUCAUCUAAGAGAGAGAUUACAUUUGUUUCCAGAUAAUAUUUUAUCAUACGUAUGUGUGCAUGUAGGUAUAUACAGUAUAUACCCAAAUGUCUGACUCUAGGUAUCUAGCAAUAAUAUUUAUUUUCCUUCAUUAUAUGCCUGGUGUGUGUACCACCUUCCCGAGACCCUCCAAUACUAUUUGUUUUGCUCCAGACCAUUCAUACUAAAAUGACUAAAUCAUAAGAGGUCUAGAGUCGAAAAGAAGAAGGUUGGUAGUAUGUUUGUACUACCUUCAUGUACCCAAUACUAUGCAAUAGUCUUGAAUGGCGGAACUCUGUGUACCCCAAAACAAACUGUCAGCAAGGAGGGAGUUAAUGCUUUGGGUGUAUUGAAAAUGAUGUAAACUGUACUUUUAUAGUUUUUCAUAAAAAAAAACUCCAAAUUUUUAUUAUGCUGACUUUUGUGAGCCAUAUGUCUUCUGUUGGAUCGGCAUCAUAAACGUCAUAACUCCAGAACAUGCAUGUAAACAGGGAUAUAAUUAAUGAUGAAUAUAUUUGAGAAGCGUCAAAACCUCAGAAGGUUGUAGCCUGGGGACUGACUGUAGUUAAGUUUGAAUAUUUUUAUGAAAUGUCACUCAUAGUGGUAAUGAAAAGUUUGAUUUCUUCAUUAAUAAUAAUAAUAUCCUUUAUUUCAGCUCAGGGCCAUAUACAUGGAAUAUCCAAAUAUAGACAGUAACAUACACAACCUAUAUACAUGAGACAGCAUGAUAAAAAAAAUGAAUACUCGGCACUUAUCCACAAAAUAGCUGAGGUAGCAUAAAAGAUAGUAAUCAUAUUACUGGUAAUAACAAUAAUAAACAUGAAUUAAAUUUAGGUGCAGUUUUAUUUGAUUAACUUUGAUAUGUUCUUGGUUUUAAUCUUGUACAAAGAAUGUGAUGCAGCAUUAGUAAAUCCUAAUGUUUCGUAUUAGCUUACUGGACACGGUGGACUAACUGUAUUAUGUUUUAAGCUAACCAGUCAGAAACGUUCAGCCAGGACUUGCUUUGUAAGUGCCUAAAAUCAUGUAUUAUUCUGAUUAGGUUAAA